CCCUCCCGCUACGGUAAGUUCUCCGAGGAAGUCUAAAACAAAACAAAAAUCCCUCAAAAUGCCAAAGAAGCAUCAAGUGCCCAAGCUGCAAGAUCUCGCCCUUCACUCAGUCGGCGAGUACGUGACCGACUUUGGCAAAAGCAUCAUCCAUCCAGUCUGUACCCUCGCGAAAACCAAUCCCGAGCUCUCUCUCUUGACUCUGCAAACCCUCAUUCAGUCCAUGAAACACCACCUAAAUUCCAGCAUCCCCUGGCAUCUCUGCGACCAGCUCUCAAUUCACAUUCUCCGAGCGAUCGCGAAUCUCAUCAACGAGAUGAGAAACACCUACAGAAGGAGCUUCCUCUCCGAGGUGAAUGUCGUCGUCUCCCUCACCGAAAUUGUCAUCCACGAGAACCUAAAGUCCAUCGAGUUUGCCGCCUGGCCUAAAAUAAUGCGCCACCUCCUCUACAACAAACUCCACGAAUUGCGCGGCCUUGAAGUUCUCGAUCUUGGCUCGGGCUCAGCUGGCUGGAGAACCUCGGACAUUGAAAAGAUCAUCAUCGGCGCCGUCUCGAUGAUGAAGAAUCUAGUCUCCUUUAUUCUCUGCUUCGACUGCACCGACAAUAUCAUUCUAGCUCUGACUCAGAAUUGUCUCAAGCUUCAAAAACUAGAUGUCACGGCUUCCGGAUCUGUGACUGAUCGCAGCAUCCCGCCUCUGAUGAAGUGUCACUAUCUGCGCGAGAUCAAACUCUUCCGAACGUCGGUCACGAUUCCAGGAUACGCGAAUCUGCUUCUCGGACAUCCGAAUCUGGAAGAUCUGGGCAGAUACGACGAGUUGGGAUAUGUUUUAGAGUACAUCCGGACGAAAAUCGACAACUUCCAGCCCUUCUCGUUGCGAGCCUUCGAGAGUCGAAACGUCUCGGCUGAUCACUUGUAUCUCCUCGUUGAGAUGUGUCCCUUCAUCAGGAACUUUUCGAUCUUGCGUGACGAGAGAAUCGAGGAUUUGAGCAUUUUGGCAUCGCUGAACGAGCUCAGGGAACUGAAGCUGCUCUCGUGCAGCUUUUACACGAACGGGGUGAACACAUUGUUGAAUUUGAAGGGGAGUCAGAUUGUCAGUCUUCAUCUAGAGCACGUGGACGAGAUCGAUUUGAGUGCUCUCGUUUGCAUCAGUCAGUUUUGCCCCGGCAUCAAAAGUCUGAUAUUUUAUAACUGCGAGUUUCUGGAAUUGACGAAUAAUCCGAGGAGACUGGCGGUGUCGCCUUUCAAACACUUGGAGCGAAUCAAGUGCGCCUCGGAGUGUGCGAAUAUGCAUCUGGAAUAUUUGCUGUCUCAUUGUUUAAAUGUGAAAUUUAUCCAGUUGGGAUCGUCGACUGGAAUUGAUGAUGCGACGAUGCGUCGAGUUUUAAUGAGGAAUCCGAUGUGUCAGUUGGAGGAAUUGAAAAUUUUGUACAGUGCUGAUUUGUCAAUGAAGACUGUCAAAAUACUGAUGCAGAAUUGCAAGAAUUUGAGAAGACUCUCGGAGCUGGAAAGCUGGCAAGGAAUCACAAUUGAUGAGUUGGAACUUUUUCGAAGAGAUUUGAGUUUAAAUAAUAUAGAUCUGGACACGAGUCCGACUUUGUCUCUAGCUUGAAUUAUUUUUAUAAGAAAGAUGGCGGAACUUUAGUUAAAUUAAAGAUCGAAUUUUUUUACAAGAUGAUUCUAUUUUUACGGAAAUUUUUGUGUGAGAAAAGGAGAAGAGACUCAUUUUUAUCUGAUGGAAAGAUACCAGAAACCAGUGAUAUCUAGAUAUUUUUUACACGAAACAUUUGUUUUCAAAUGUUCAAACUUAGGAAUGUUAUUUAUGCUUUUCAUAUUUUUAUUUUUAUUGUACACCUCGUAGAGUAGAUCAAAUAAUGGUACGAGAUGAACAAUCUUUUUUUUUUUUACGAAAUAUCUUUUGUUUCAUAUUAUUGAAAAUGUUUUUGUAUUUUUUUUCUGAAAUUCGACUUUUUGUUUGCUUUUUUUUACCGGUGUAAAGUCGUGACACUUGAUUUGAAAAAGGAAUGUUUUACGCCGGGAAAGAAGAAUUAUGAACGCGUUAG